UUCCAUACUUGGUAUCUUCCUUAUGUAAGGUCACAGCGAAGAUAGAAAAGGGAGUCUAGCGGUGGAAGGACGAAGGAAAAGUGCCAAAAUCUGACGUUUUCCGACAUUCGUCGCCUUUUACAGAGAUUUGAGACCAUGGCCUCGCUCUGUAAGUUUCAGGCGGUGGCGUGCAGGGCACGGUUAGGUGGCCUCAUGUCUAAACAAGCUGCAGCUUCUUCAGUCAGCAUCAGGCACAACUCCACUGAAGAGGCACCUGCCAAGGUAUACGGCCCUCUGAGUGAUGAAGACCGCAUUUUCACCAACCUGUACGGUCGGCAUGACUGGAAACUCAAAGGAGCGCUGGCAAGGGGUGAUUACUACAAGACAAAGGAGAUCAUCCUGAAGGGUCAUGACUGGAUCCUGAAGGAGAUCGUAAAGUCAGGUCUACGUGGUCGAGGCGGUGCGGGCUUCCCUACAGGGAUGAAGUGGGGCUUCAUGAACAAACCCAGCGAUGGCAGACCGAAGUACCUGGUAGUGAACGCUGACGAGGGCGAGCCGGGGACGUGUAAGGACCGCGAGAUCAUGCGCCACGACCCGCACAAGCUCGUGGAGGGAUGUCUAGUGGCCGGAGCGGCCAUGGGCGCCAGGGCUGCAUAUAUCUACAUCCGUGGUGAGUUCUACAAUGAAGGCACCAAUCUGAUGGUCGCUAUUCAAGAGGCUUACAAGGCAGGGUUGAUCGGCAAGAAUGCCUGUGGUUCUGGCUAUGACUUUGACAUCUACGUCCACCGUGGAGCUGGGGCCUACAUCUGUGGAGAAGAAACAUCGCUGAUUGAGAGCCUUGAAGGCAAGGCUGGGAAACCCCGUCUCAAGCCACCAUUCCCUGCCGACAUUGGUGUGUUUGGCUGUCCGACAACUGUGGCCAACGUGGAAACUGUUGCUGUAGCACCUACCAUAUGCCGUCGUGGUGGAGACUGGUUUGUUGGUAUGGGCCGUACGAGGAACUCUGGUACUAAGCUGUUCAACAUCUCCGGCCAUGUGAACAACCCGUGUACUGUGGAGGAGGAGAUGUCCAUCCCCCUGAAGGAACUGAUCGAGCGCCACGCAGGGGGGGUGAUCGGAGGCUGGGACAACCUGCUGGCCGUCAUCCCAGGGGGGUCCUCCACCCCCCUCAUCCCCAAACAUGUCUGUGAUGACGUGAUGAUGGACUUUGACGCGCUGGUCCAGGCGCAGACCGGCCUCGGCACGGCCGCCCUCAUCGUGUUUAACAAGCAGGCGGACCUCGUGAAGGGCAUAGCGCGCCUCAUCGAGUUCUACAAACACGAGAGCUGCGGACAGUGCACGCCGUGUCGUGAGGGCACAGGCUGGAUGACUAAGAUCAUGUACAGAUUUGUGGAAGGCAAUGCCCGUCCUGACGAGAUCGACAUGCUGUAUGAACUCAGCAAGCAGAUUGAGGGACACACCAUUUGUGCUCUGGGGGAUGGAGCAGCCUGGCCUGUACAGGGCUUGAUUCGCCACUUCCGUCCUGAAUUAGAGGCUCGGAUGGAAGCUUACCACAAGAAGAAACAAGCUGCCUCUGCUUAACCCUGCAUUUAAAACAUAGCCCAGUAACUCAUACUUAACAGUGUUAUACUGUCAGCUUAUAAUGUGAACAUAAUUAUACAUACAUGGUAAGACACAAUUCUUCUGGAAGUAGAACCUUUAUUGUAUGAAACGUUGCUUCUAUUUGAAUCAAAUUAGGUUUGUCUUUUAUGAUCCACCCCAAGAUUACAAUACAUACUUACAUGUACUAUACAUGUAUUGUAUAGAAUCUGAAUGAAUAUAUGCUGUACAGGAGUGAAGUAUGAAAUAUUAAACUACAGUCCAUUUACUUAUUUCAACACCUAUCUUCCUGAAUUGGAGUCGUACAAAAAUCUUGCAGACUUGGCUUUUUUUAAAAAAGAACAGAAUUUGCAUUUUCGUUUGUGUACUACAGUAACUGUUACACAUAGCUACCAGUAAAAUUUUUGACACAAGAUGCUUCUGUACUUUUUCUGUGUGAACAAGUGAAUAAACUACAUAAUACU